CCUGUUCAUGACCAGAGAAAAGGUGCCAUUUAUUUUAAAGAAAUCAAUCAUUGAUUAUUGGAAAUACCAAUGGAAAAGAACCGGCGGCUGGUCGGUAAGAAAUAAAACUUAAUUUUUAGUGACGGUAACGACCAGUAUCUUUAGCAAUUACGACAAAAACAUAACCCGUUAUCCUUAUUAAGCACCAGAAAAUAUUGGGUAAACUGCAUGCCAACUUAAAUGAAGACGCGGUCUUGUUCAUGUACGAAAAGACACUGCGAGAGAUACCGUUAUUUGAAGCUGUCGAGUAUUCAUUCUUUAGAGCUUUCGCUAAGAAGUUGAGAGAGCGGUAUUUUCAAAAAGGCUACAUGAUCAUGCGAUCUAAUGAGGUCAUCAAGAAUAUGUACAUUAUUUAUCGCGGGAAGGUGGAUAUUAUAACCGACGAUAAUGAAGUGGAGGCGUGCAUGGGUCCGGGAGGUAUAUUUGGAAAUAUAAAAGGCGCUUCUAAGUACCUAACUAUGUCUAAUAUAACGGCCUCUAGAAAUUUAGACUUAUUGUACAUUGAAGGACACGAAUUUUUUACACUACUUAAGAGUUAUCCCAAUGUUUUAAGAAAGGUCAAAUAUUCUGUGGACACAGCACGAAAAGAUUAUGUUUUGCCAACAAUUUUAUCGGCGAGGACAAGCCGGGAGCUUGAAACUUACCCACUUUCAUAUGAAGUUGAAGAAGAAGAGGACGAAAAUGGAAUUGAGCCGAAUUUGUUUUUGGAAAGUCCAGACAAAAGCAUUGCAGAAUCGCACGGUUCGCGAUCUAUUGCUUCAGGAUAUAGCGCGGAUUAUACAUCAGCGAUUACAUUAAUAUUUCUGCCGCAUAGAUGGUUCCGGAGCAGUAUAAUUCCCGACAGCAAAUGGGUUACUUUUGUUGAUUAUCUCGUAUUAAUAGUCGCGUACGCAGACUUCAUGAUAUUGAUAUACCAAAUGGCGUUUCUAUCGAACACGUAUUUUUUCAACAUCUGCGUCGUGUCCGAUGUUAUAUUCUUCUACAAAACCUUUCUGGAUAUUCACAGUGGUUAUAUGAAUCGAUAUGGGGAAUAUAUUUUGAAUUAUAGGAAGGUCCGUCACAUGUACUUUUCAAAAGUCUACCUACGUCGACGAGAUUUUCUAGCUAAUCUGCCAAUAUCCUACAUAGCAUUCGCAGUGAAUCUCACACCAACUAUGCAAAAUGCACUAUUUUGCUAUCUGAGGACCCCACAGCUUUUUCGCAUAACGUAUUUAUUUACCUACCGUCAGCAUAGGAAAAUAAAUAUUGGGACUGCUAAUUUGUUACUUAAGUUGACAACAAUUGCAAUAUGGGCAUCGAUAUUAUCGCAUAUAAACGCGUGUUUGUUUUUCAAAUUGUCUUGCCUCACACCUGUGCAUUGUACGUCAGCCAACUGGAUGUCGAAGCCUGAGCUAAAUCUACGAGCUAAAUAUGCUGAGAAAAGCUAUUUCCCUCUUUACGUUGCGUCACUGUGGUACAUAAUAAAUUUGCUUACAAUCACUGGAACAGGUGAUGUGUCGUCACAAAAUGAUUUCGAAGUUAUCGAAACCGUUUUCAUCACUAUAGUUAUUAAAUUUUGUACAGGGCUCCUUAUAUCAGAAACGUCGGCACUUAUUACGGCGCACUCUUCAUCACGGAUCGCAUAUGAUGAAGGCAUUAAUGAACUGAGAGAUGGUUUAAGAGAUACCGAAUUGAGUAACCACCAGAUGAAUAAGAUGUGGGACUAUGUCCGCGAAUUGUGGAGUAGGCAACAGGGCAGGCAGAUGCCAAAAUUAGUGACGAGGCUACCAUUUCGUCUGCGUUGUCAAAUAAUGCAAGCGGUAUAUGGCAGCCACAUUAGAGAGUCCGUGAUAUUCAGUAAGACGGACGAUGACUUCAAACGAAUGUUAUGUAUGUGGCUGAGGCACUGUGUCUUUUUCCCCGGGAACUAUAUAGUGCAAUGUGGGGAUGCCGAUCAAUGCAUCUACUUCAUCCAUAGGGGAGAGGUAGAAGUAUUGACGGUACAUCCCAAUUUGACGGAAUCAAUUUAUGACAUAUUAGGACCCGAAGAUAGUUUUGGCGUCGCACAGGGUCUAUUUGUUGGAGUUGCACACCAUUUCUCCUUUAGAGCGCGCACAGUAGUAGACAUCGUGUACUUAAAGUUAGAAGAAUGGAAGUAUCUACUAGACUUCUACCCAAAGUCGGCGAAAUUAGUACAACGGAAAGUAGAAAAUGUUUAUUUAGCGAUUUAAUAAACAUAGUUAAUGUUUUUUCUAAACUAAUAUUUAUUAUAAAGAGAAAAGAUUUGUAUUUUUUUUUAAUUAACAGCAGUGCGGAAAAGGCCGUUAGAAUUAAAUGAAAU